UCCAUCUGCACUGCUAUGGCCCAUGCCAGACGGCAGCGUAUGGUGGAUCAUUGAACGCAUGCAAACAUUUCCUGAUCUUGGGAUUCGGCAACAUUUCAGGCUAGCAGCAGCCGUUCCAGUCAGCUAUGGAGACUCCAGGUCAGAAACGAAACACCCGCGGAGGGACAACCACCGUUCUUUCUCCCAACCGUAUCACUCGGCUGCAGGAGAAAGAAGAUCUAUGCAACCUGAACGACCGACUGGCGGUCUACAUCGAUAAGGUGCGCUCUCUAGAGGUGGAGAACGCAGGUCUGCGUAUGCGCAUCACAGAGUCGGAGACGGAGAUCAGCCGCGAGCUGAGCGGCAUGAAAGCGGCGUAUGAGGCUGAGCUGGCAGACGCUAGGAAGACUCUGGACUCGGUGGCCAAAGAACGAGCCCGACUGCAACUGGAGCUCAGCAAGGUGCGAGAGGACUACAAGGAACUGAAGGCCAGGAAUGGUAAGAAAGAGUCGGAUCUGGAAUCGGCUCUGGCCAGACUGAAGGAUCUGGAAGCUCUGCUGAACUCCAAGGACGCGUCUCUCGCCACAGCACUGGGGGAGAAGAGAUCACUGGAGGUCGAAGUCAGAGAUCUGAAAGCCCAGCUGGCCAAGCUGGAGGGCAGUCUGAAUGAUGCUAAGAAGCAGCUACAGGAUGAAAUGUUACGACGUGUGGACGCUGAGAACCGAAUCCAGACCCUGAAAGAGGAGCUGGAUUUCCAGAAGAACAUCUACACUGAGGAGCUCCGUGAGUCUAAGCGCAGACAUGAGUCACGUAUGGUGGAAAUCGACAGCGGCCGCCAGCAGGAGUAUGAGAGUAAACUGUCUGAGGCUUUGAUUGAACUCCGUAACCAACACGAAGAGCAGCUUCGCAUCUACAAGGAUGAAAUUGAGAAGACCUACAACUCCAAGCUGGAGAAUGCCCGUCAGUCGGCUGACAGGAACAGCCAUUUGAGUAAACUAUUUAAAUUUGAGUUUGAAAAUCAGACUCGUAACAUUCAUUUACAUUGUUUAAAUUGCACGAUUGUGCUCUCUUCAUUGUUGACUGCUCGUGAGGCGAAGAUCCGUGAGCUGGAGGAGGCUCUAUCCAGAGAGAGGGACAUGAUGCGCCGUCGUAUGGAGGACAAGGAGAAAGAGAUGGCCGAAAUGAGGCAUCGCAUGCAGCAACAGUUGGACGAGUACCAGGAGUUGCUGGACAUUAAGCUCGCACUCGACAUGGAGAUCAGCGCCUACCGGAAGCUUCUGGAGGGCGAGGAGGAGAGGUUGCGACUCUCCCCGAGUCCCCCUCCUGUCCGUGGGGUGACUGUGACCCACUCCUCGGGUUCUGGCACUCAUACACGUGUGGUCCAGAGCAGCACCAGUCGUACCUCGUCAGGCAGUGCUAAAAAACGGCGCUUGAAUGAUAACGACAGCGAUGUCUCCAGUGUGGUCGGCGGAACCGUUACUCGCACACGCGUCGCCCAGCAGGCCUCUGCCAGCGGCCGUGUGACCGUGGAUGAAGUGGACAUGGAGGGCAGAUAUGUUCGGCUCAGUAACAAAUCUGACCAGGAUCAAACUAUGGGUCACUGGCAGGUGAAGAGGCAGAUUGGUUCCGGCACUCCCAUUGUCUACAAGUUCCCGCCAAAAUUUACCCUGAAGGCAGGACAGACUGUCACGAUUUGGGCUGCAGGAGCUGGAGGAACCCACAGUCCUCCUUCUGACCUGGUGUGGAAGACCCAGAACUCAUGGGGCAGUGGAGAUCUGUUCCAGACCACCCUCAUCAGCUCCAGUGGGGAGGAAAUGGCCAUGAGGAAGGUCACACGCACUCUAUUCCAGGAUGAGGAAGAUGAUGAUAUGGCCGCCCACAGCACAUGCGGGGAUGGUGAGUACAACCUCCGCAGCCGUACAGUGGUCUGUGGCUCAUGUGGGCAGCCUUCAGAUAAAAACAGCAGCUGCGUGACGGCCAGCUCUGGAGUGUCCAGUGCGGCUCGCUCCUUCAGCAGUGGAGGGGGGCUGCCUGAAGCAUUUGUCUCUCCCUCACACUUUAUUGUGAGCAAUGAAAAACGCAGACAG